ACUCACCUGAACCAGCUCUGUGUUGUACCCACACGUCUUCAUCAAAACAAGAUGAAAAAAUUAUUUUUGUUGCUUCUCUUCUGUCAAGUUUCAUCAUCAGUGGACCACUCCCUGAUACUGUUUGCAACUGGAUCUUCUGGAGUCACAAACUUCCCAGAUUUUGUACUAACUGCAAUGGUUGAUGAAAUUCCUAUAGUUAUAGUUACCUGUGACAGCAACAAAAUAGAUCCAAAACAGGACUGGAUGAAAAAAUUAUUUGAAGACGAUUCUGAUCAGGUUGAGUGGUACACUAAUAAGUGUCAGACAGCGCCAAAUUUCUUUAAAGACUGCAUUGAGAUAUUGAAGCAGCGCUUCAACCAAAGUGGAGGUGUCCACAUUUUACAGAGGGUGAGUGGUUGUGAGUGGGAUGAUGAGACUGGAGAGGUUCAUGGUUUUAAUCAAUAUGGUUAUGAUGGAGAAGACGUCUUAUCAUUUGACCUGAAGACAUUGACAUGGAUCGCUCCUAAACCACAGGCUGUCACUAUCAAACAAAGAUGGGAUGCUGACAAAGCUAGAAUAGAAUUCAAUGUGAUUUACCUCACACAGGUUUAUCCUGAGUGGCUGAAGAAAUAUUUGGACUAUGGCAGCAGCUCUCUGCUGAGAACAGAGCUUCCCUCAGUGUCUCUCCUCCAGAAGACUCCCUCCUCUCCAGUCACCUGCCAUGCUACAGGUUUCUACCCUGACAGAGCCAUGAUGUUCUGGAGGAAAGAUGGAGAGGAGUUUCAUGAGGACGUGGAGCACGGAGAGAUCCUCCCCAACCAUGAUGGAACCUUCCAGAUGAGCGUCGACCUGAACCUUUCAUCAGUCACACCUGAAGACUGGAGGAGGUACGACUGUGUGUUUCAUCUCUCUGGUGUAGAGGACGACAUCGUCACCAGACUGGACAAAGCAGAGAUCAGGACCAACUGGGCAGAGGAGCCGAGUCACAUGACCGUCCCCAUCACUGCUGCAGUGCUUGUUCUUGCUGUCGUCCUCAUCGCUGUCACUGGAUUCAUCAUUUACAAGAAGAAGAAAGCCUCACGUCCUCCAUCUUCUGCUGGCAGCUCUGAGCUCUGUGAGAAACUGAAUCCAGAGACCUGAAUGACAAACACACUCAGCGAGUUUCCUCAUGUGACACAUUACGUAACUUUUAGAACAGAAGAAGGGAAAUGGAAAGAUGGCAAAGAUGGCUUCCUGCAACAAUAGUUUAGUGUGAUUUUGAUUCAUGCACUUGAUAAAUAUAUAUAUGUAUGUAUAUAUGCAUAUGUACAUUUGCCUUCAUAUUUAGUCAUUUAGCUUUUAUCCAAAGCAACUGACAAAAAAGGGAAACGAUCAAGGUACAGUGCAACUAGGACAUGUUAACGUCCAGAGAGCGAGGGGUCAUCAGGAGGAAGUGACUGAUAGAGUUGAGUGUCAUCUGCAUAGCAGCAUUGAGUACUGU